GGGCUUAGCCAAGACCCCCAAACCACUCUUAUACCCCUCAAUACGACUGCAUAGCCGCCCCGGAGCCCCUUCGAUUCUUCUUCUCCAACUCCGGCGAAGUGCGCCACCGAGUCUUCCGUCGCUGAUGCCCGUUGCUCCGGUCCCUCUCCCUCCAAUUCCUUUAACCCAGAUCACCCCUCCACCUUAUGGUCCUCCCCGAACCGUCUCUUCCCCUCGCAGGGUCGCCUCCCACUGCCGGCGAGUCGCUCCCUCACCUCCGCCACGACGCUCUGUUCCGGUCGCAGUCGCUGCUCUGUCCCUCCCCCACGUCCAGGCGGUGCACGUAGAUGUCUGUGGUGACCCUGUGGUCAUUCAUGUGAACACGCCGACCGUCGCUGCCCUCCCAGUCACCGCCGGCGAGUCUCCGUCCGCCGCCCUUGUCCCUUGAAAAUGACAAAUGAAGUGGCACGAAGUGAGUCCUACUCUUUUGCCAACCACGCGGCCCCACCAAUCAGGAUUUAAUCCGGCCCUACCCGUCAGAAGAAAACGGUCAAAGGUCCUUGACCGUUAACGGGUCCGCCGUGAGGGCAUUUCCGAGCAUUUUCCAAAGAACGAAGUGUAGAAGCGAGUAAGGUUUUGAGCCUUGGGCAAAACAAUAGAACUAAACAAGGGAGGGCACGAAAAUAAAAAUCCCUUGGUUUUUAGUCCUUGGUAUCCAUUAGUAGCAAUAACUGACGCACAUGCUGAUCAAUCAUGCAUCUCAUCUUAUGGUUAGAGUACAUAGCUAGUGGGGAGAGAGGAGUAUUAAUUAAGACGGGUUUGAGCAAUUAGGAUAAGAAUCAGUGACUUGCCGAUUGAAUGCGCUCAUGCAUCUCAUGUUGUGGUUGGAGGUAAUUAAGCAAGAAGAGAACCACCGGGUCUGCCGGGUUAUGACUUCGGGAAACCCCAUAUAAGUGCUGACUAAUGACUACUCAAUUAGAUUUAACAGAAGUGAUAGAGCCAGUUCGGAUAAGAAUGAUCCACUUGCCACAUGCAUGAAAACAGACCAAGUCCAAGUCUGAAGUUUAGAUCUGACAACUAGACCAAUCAAAUUUUUUCAGGGUCCCCUCCUUGUGCUUAUUACUCUCUCCGUUCCAAAUUAAUUGGACCCGGUCAUUUUGCAAAAAAAACCCUAUUGAUUUAUGAAAUCAACCUACAAUACACAUCUUCAAUUGAACGUAGACUGCGCGUUGAUUUCGAAAAACUACAGGAUUUUUUUGCAAAAGGUAUGGUAGAACAUGGACUGCAGUUCGAUUUCGGGAAAUAGCAAGGAAUUUUUGCAAAAAAUUUGGCGACAAUUAAUUAAUUAGGAACGGAGGAGUAUUAAUUGUACGGUGGGUCGAUGAUCUAGAUCUAAAGUUUAUAUUGACUUGACUCCAGCUGGGGCUGCAAAUUAAGCAUGUGAUGCUCGAUAAGUUCCAAACCAGUAAAUGAUUCCUCAUCCCAUAUUGCCAAGUAUUUAUGUGUAGCUGACUUUUGUCAUCUUGUGCCUGUCUACGCAGCUUAUAUAGACCCAGAAAGAAGGAAUCUAAACAUUUAGCCAAACGCUAGCUGGUUAAGCCGCUGCGUGACUACGUCUAAAUGAAGCUGAGCUCUCCCAUCAUCCGUCUCAGAGAUUCAUCGUAGCGCUAAGUGAUUCUCCCCUGAAAUUGGAGGCUAAUUAACCUACAGAUAACAUGGGGAGCAAGCUACCACAGUCUCAGCGACAAACAGAUAUAGACGAGAUUACUGGCAAUUAUUCAAUGGAGCUUGGCAGGGGAGGCUAUGGAGUAGUUUACAAGGGAAAAGAUAAAGACGGGGAAGAGAUUGCUGUGAAGGUGCUCCAGGAAAGAACAGGAGGAAAUCAUGACGAGGAGUUUAACAAAGAGUUUUAUAGCCUUCUAGAACUGAGGCAUCCAAAUAUUAUACUGCUAGUUGGUUACUGCUAUGAAACCGAAAAAAGAAUUAAUAAUUUUACAAAAAAGUUUGAUGAGAUAAUACGUGCAGCUCUAUGCUUUGAGUAUGCGCCUAACGGAAACCUUCGCAACUACAUUUCUGAUGAUGACGAUCGACUUGAUUGGCACACUCGCUACAACAUUAUUAAGGGGACCUGUGAAGGAUUACAUUACCUGCACCAUCAUCCAAGCGGACCUAUUUAUCACUUGGACCUAAAACCUGAGAACAUUUUGCUAAGUCGUAACAUGGUUCCCAAAAUUGCAGAUUUUGGUAUGUCAAGGCUUUUCAGUGAUAAAACAACCAAAGUCACAGCAAGCCCAAUGGGUACAUGGAGAUAUCAGCCACUAGAAUACAAAAAAGGAGGAACAGUCUCAAAAGAUUUUGACGUAUACAGCUUGGGUGUCAUAAUUAUAGAGAUAGUUGUAGGAUCUGAGACAUAUAAUGAUAUUGAUGAAUUCUCCGACUCCCAAGAAAUUUUUGAGUUUGCUGACAAAAAGUGGAGGUCAAAACUCAAAAAGACAGAGACAUAUAAAUCACUAGAAGCCUAUUGCGAACAAGUAAAGACAUGCCUUGAGAUAGCGUUAAAAUGUAUGGAAAAUAAAAGGAGCAAAAGGCCAACAAUAAUCGAUAUAAUCAGUAACCUUAAUGAGGUGGAGAGUAAGACUCCAAAAAGAAACUCAGUGGUCCAAGAGUCAAGGAAGGACUCAGGGUCAUCGACGCAGCAGUUCCGAUCGAUGCCUAGCACAUGGACACCCGACAAAGCCAACUACAAAAAUACAAGAAUGGGGAUAGAUCGUCCAGAAAAACUUAGGGGGAGCACUUCACUGGAUUCAAGCCGUGACAAUACAAGAAACAUACAAGACGGCAGUGCAGUCAUAAGGCAAAAUAAGACGAGACAGUACUUUUCGACCGGCGGGAAAGGUAGCAGUAGUGAAGAUAGUAGUAAUAAGCUUGUCCUGUACGUUACCGGACAGGGAAAACCGGGUACAUUGGAUGACUGCGACGACAUCCGGUCAGCACUCGAGGUGCUCCGCCUUAGGUUCAUCGAGAAGGACCUUUUCGACAACCCCGGCAACCUGAGGGAGCUAAAGCGGCUGUGCGGGGCGACCAUACCAACCAGGCCACCAGCACUGUCCAUUGCCGGCGAGCAAGUCAUUGGCGCUGAGGAUCUCAUGGAACUGCACAACGAAGGGAAGCUAGCGGCGUUGCUGAAGUGCACUCCUGGCCUUCCUCCCCGGCGUGCCAAAGGAGGCGCCAAGGAAGCUGCUGAUAAGGAUGUGGUCGUUCUGUACGUCACCAGCCAGGGCAAAGAGGGUACCUUGGAUGACUGCAGCCGAGUCCGAUUAGCACUCAAGUCGGCCCGAAUUGACUUCGUCGAGAAGGAUUUGUUUAACAACCGUGACACCCUCAGGGAACUCCAGAGGUUGUCUGAUUCAGCCAGACCACCAACCUUGUGUAUCAACGGCGAGAACGUCGUCAACACUCAGACGCUGCUGAAACUGUGUGACCAACGGAGGAUCGCAACGUUAUUCAAAUGAUUAAAGCCCUUAGCUAGCCACAUUUCUCUCUGCCUAUCGGCUGAUGCUGUUUACGAUAUAACUUGCAAUAACUAUGAGUGUAUAUUUAUGUAACAUAUGACAUUCUUUCCCUACCUUUACAUACUCUGAAUGCUCUCUUGUUGCUGGAUUGUAUAAAUGUUCAUCAUUAUUUUUUACAGUUUUUUUCUUUUCUUG